GAGUAUGAACAGCUAGCAAAACAACUCAGCAGCAGUAGCACGCCGCGUCCGUCACAUUACAUAUACGCAAAGGGGCCGGGGACUGGCUAGCUAAAGUGCCUAAACCCUUCUUCCCCCCCUCAGCACACACACACAGAGCCAAACCACAAAGCCAAAACAACAGAACCAUGUCAUCAUCCGGGAUCCUCCCGUGCUCCUCCCUGCUCCUCCUCCUCCUCCUCGUCACGCUCCUCAGCGUCUCCGCGCCGCCGCCGUGCCAUGGCGCCGCGGCCGGACAACAACCGACCCACAACAUCACGGACAUCCUCCUCGCCGCCAACGCCAACUUCACCGACUUUAGCAGCGCCCUGGCCAGCGCCAACCUGACGGCGCAGAUCGACGGCCGCACCCCCAUCACCAUCCUCGCCGUGGACAACGCGGCCGUGGCGCAGCUCAAGGCGCGGCGCCUCGCGCCGGAGAGCCUCGCGCACGUGCUCUCCCUCCACGUCCUCCUCGACUACUUCGACGACGCCAGGAUCCGCCACCUCAACGGGUCCUUCAACCUCGCCGCCACCCUCUACCAGACCUCCGGCGCCGCGCCCGGCAGCGCGGGGUUCGUCAACGUCUCCUCCGCGGCCGGAUCCGACGGCCGCGUGUCAUUCCUGCCUUCCGGGGCCGCCCCCGCGUACGCCGUGUUCUACCAGAAGUCGGUCAAGGAGUCCAAGUACGAUAUCUCCGUGUUGCAGGUCAGCGGCGUCGUCUCGUCCCCUGCGGCCGAGGGGAAGGCGGCUCCCGCGACGCCGCCGCCGCAGGCCGCGACCCCCGCGCCAUCGCCCGCUCCGGUGGCGGCGGCGCUUGCUCCUGUGGCGAAACCUGCUCCGGCGCCGGCGCGGGAGGCCCCCGCUCCUUCGCCCAAGGGUAAUACUACAGCUCCCCCCGCGGAAGCACCAGAGCCACCUGCGGACGAGCCGCCUGCGGACCAGCAGAAGAAUGCCGCGAGCGGCGGCACGGAAGAAUGGAGCCUCGGGGCGCCGGUGGCGGCGGUCGUGCUGGCCGUCGUGUUCUUGAUGUGGUGAGCGAUCAAUCGUGUGUGCUUGGAAUCAGCGCCGCUGUUUUGGGGAACUCCGAUAUCCUGAGAUUAAUUCCUUCGCUUCCCCCAAUGAGAACAGUCGUUGAUGGCUGCCGUGGACCGUGGUUACGCUGUUCCAGCAAGCUUGAUUUCAGCACAAUAAUAUCUUAUCGUGUCGUUUGCGUUUGGAUAUUAA